AUCUUGAAGAUGAAAGCAGAAGGCUAACGCUGCUAGCCAUGGGUGGAGGAAAGUAGAGAGGGUGACGAAUAUCUACUGCAAAUUCGCAAGAGGAAGGAUGAAUUCAUGUGCGUGUGGAAAAUCCAUUUUCAUGAUCGUCUCAGUAGCUUCAACCCCAGAACGAUUCAAGAAUGGAGGCAUCCUGAAACAGUCUCAGAAACCUUCAGUUCACCAUCAAACUCUCAGGGUUUUGGAGUGGGACAAACUCUGCCACUCCGUUUCUUCCUUCGCUUCGACUUCCUUGGGCCGUGAAUCCACCUGGGCCCAGCUCUGGUCCCUAGACCAGACCUACCAAGAGAGUUUGAGACUUUUGGAUGAAACCAAUGCUGCUCUGGAAAUCCAUAAGCAUGGUGGUUGCACCAUGGACUUCAGCACCAUUGAUGCUGUUCUGGUUAAAUCUGCUAUCCAGCAUGCUCGUAGGAUGUUACCAGUGGAUGGAAAUGAAGCCAUGGCUGUUGUGGCUCUGCUACAGCUUGCAGAAACUUUGCAGCUUAAUCUCAAAGCUGCCAUCAAGGAAGAUGCAGAUUGGUACAAACGUUUCAUGCCUAUUUCAGAAGUGAUAAUGGGGUUGGUUAUAAAUAGAUCAUUAGUUAAAUUGAUACAGCAAGUAGUAGAUGAAGAUGGCUCUGUUAAAGACUCUGCGAGCUCUGCACUGAAGCAAUCACGUGAUCAAGUGCGGACACUUGAGAGAAAGUUAUAUCAGUUGAUGGACAGCUUAGUUAGGAACAAUGUGAAUGAAACAUCCUCUCUGGAAGUGAGUAAUGUUGAUGGAAGAUGGUGCAUAAAAUCAGGGGCCAAUCUUACAAAUUUGAAGGGUUUAUUGUUGUCCAGUGGUUCAGGUGUGGGAAGCAUUAUAGAGCCACUCUCUGCUAUUCCAUUAAAUGAUGAGUUGCAAAAGGCAAGGGCACUUGCGGCAAAGGCUGAGGCCGACGUACUUUUAAAGUUAACAGAGAAGAUGCAAAUGGAUCUUGAAGACAUUGAAAAGUUAUUGGACAGUGUCAUUCAACUGGAUGUGAUCAAUGCUCGAGCUACCUAUGGCCUUUCAUUUGGAGGCACUUGUCCUGAUUUAUUUUUAGCAGAAAACAAGAAUGGAUCUUCCACAGGAGCCCACUUAUCAGGGCAUGGAACUUCAGAAGCAUCUUAUCCGAUUAAGAGGGAAUGGACUUUGCAUCUGCCAAAAGCUUAUCAUCCUCUAUUAGUUCAACAGCAUCGAGAAAAUCUUCAGAAGGCCAGGAAGGAUGUUAGCCUUGCUAUUUCUGAACAAAGGAGGAAAAAACUGCAAGGGGAGAAAUUUAAUGUUAAAGAAGAAACAGAUAUAAAUCUUUCAUCUUUGGAAAUGCAGGUAACUAGAUUAGAACAAUCUCCUCCAGUCCCUGUUGAUUUUUUUAUCGCUCAAAGAACCAGAGUGUUGGUUAUAACUGGUCCAAAUACAGGGGGCAAAACCAUUUGCUUAAAGACAGUUGGACUAGCUGCCAUGAUGGCAAGAUCAGGCCUUCAUGUUUUAGCUGCUGAACCUGUACGAAUCCCUUGGUUUGAUUAUGUUUUUGCUGAUAUCGGUGAUGAGCAGUCACUAUCCCAAUCUUUGUCUACCUUCUCUGGCCAUUUGAAACAAAUUAGUGACAUUAAAGCACAGUCAACAAAUCAGUCAUUGGUGCUACUAGAUGAAGUUGGUGCAGGCACAAAUCCCCUAGAAGGAGCGGCUCUAGGGAUGUCAUUGCUGGAGUCUUUUGCUGAAACUGGUGCCUUGUUGACAAUAGCUACCACACAUCACAGUGAACUCAAAACCCUCAAAUACAGUAACGACGCCUUCGAAAAUGCAUGUAUGGAGUUUGAUGAAGUGAACUUAAAACCAACUUAUAAGAUCCUCUGGGGCAUUCCAGGACGUUCAAAUGCAAUCAAUAUUGCUGAAAGGUUAGGAGUACCCAAGAAAGUUCUAGAUAAAGCUCGCGAACAGUAUGGAGCAGCUAGCGCCGAGAUUAAUGAGGUCAUAAUUGAUAUGGAAAGGUUCAAGCAAGAAUUUCAAGAGCGUGUUAAUGAUGCACGAUAUUAUCUGAUGCUUUCAAGAGAUCUUUAUGAAAAUCUAUUGGUGACUAAAAGAAAGCUAAUGGAACAUGGCACCAAUCAAAGAUAUGGAAAGAUGAGGGAAGUAUCUGAGGCUGCAGCAGUGGCACGGUCUCUCCUUCACAAGAAGGUCCGACAGCUUCGUUCAUCUGCAACCCGACCUUCCCAGCCUACUGCUGCAGAUAAAAGCCAACAUGCAUCAGCAACUAGCAACCAACAUACUGCAGCAGAUAUCAAUGAACGUCCUACUACAAGUGAGAGUAAACACCCCGCUAAAGUUGCCCAGCAAUCAUCAUCAGGUAUUACUCGUAAACAUCUGAUGGAUCUUGUGACAUUAUCCAUCUUGCUCGUGGUUGAAAAUACCAGUCAAAAAGAUUGUUUAAGUUCUCAUCAAAGUAGAUUUUCCUUCUUCUAUUUGCAUUGCAGAGAAGAAAAGAGUUCCCAAAGUUGGCGAUAUGGUGCAUGUUUCUUCCCUAGGAAAGAAAGCAACAGUUUUAGAAGUGGAGUCAUCUAAAGGGCAGCUCGUCGUUCAGGCUGGUAACAUGAAGUUGAAAUUAAAAUUGACUGAUGUCGAAACCUGACAGGUAAGAAUUCUCGCAUGUCUUCAUGGUAGCUCCCUUCUGGAAUGUUGGGAGCUUAUCUUGGUCUAGACCUUGCUCUAACCAAGUCGAUAAGAUUCAAGUUUUUUUGUUAUCUAGACGUGGCAGGGCUAGGGUAAGAAAACAGAACCUGGUUUGUCCUAUGCCAAUUGAGUCAUCUGUGUGAACACAAUUAUAUAUCUCAUGAUCAAGUAUAUGCAAUCCAACUUGGGGUUGAAUCUGAA